UUAGCUAUAUAUAGGCGCUCGAUCGAUCUGUAUGUAUAGCAAGGUACGCGUAUUUGAAAAGUAGAACAAGGGAUCGGAGCCAAUAGUCUUAAUUAGCUUUCAUGAUUGCACAUAUGCAGUUUGGAGUAGUUUUUUAACUCUCGGUAGUUCUACUGGUAUACCAAUCAUGGCUGAUAUGCAAAUCGUUCUGGCUUCGAAAACUAGUGUAGAGGCGCAGUAUGUGGAAAUGAUGGUUCCUCUCUAUUCUCCUGGGUGCGAGAAGAAGGUCAAGAAGGCCCUAUCCCACCUCAAAGGAAUAUACUCGGUAAAUGUAGACUACAGCCAACAAAAGGUGACGGUUUGGGGAAUAUGCAACAAAUAUGAUGUGCUAGCCACCGUAAGGACCAAGAGAAAACACGCUUGCUUUUGGAAUCCGGAAGACAACGAUAUCGGAGAGGAAGGAGAAGAGGAAACGGAGCAACCGCCGACAACGACGAUGUCGGAGUCAGACGACGUCUCUACACCACCGAUUGCAAAAAUAAAGUACUUAUUAAGACAGCCUUCUAUAAAGGCUCUCACUAGGGUUCGCUCUUUGAGCUUGAAAGCAUGGAAGAAUGUGUUUACCAGGUCCUAUUCAUUCUCAUGA